AUGAAAAAAGAGGAAGCAAUACAAUAAUCUCUAAGAUUCACCUAUUUCUUAAUUGGAACAAUAGCGUUUUCUUAAGGUAAUAAUAAUAUGUAUUUAUAUAGGUAUAAUGGGUUUGUCUGAUCUGGCAAUUAGCUAUAUGCAAAAAGAUGAUUAUAAACAAGAUCCAGCUUAAACAUAAUUUUUUUCAACAAUCAUUAGUUUGCCUUGGAUUGUCAAACCCUUUUGGGGCAUAAUGACUGAUACAGUGCCUUUGUUUGGAUAUAGAAGAAAAUCCUAUUUAAUAUUUUUUGGACUUUUAGGAUUUCUAUGUUGGAAUUUAUUGUCUGACUAUGGUGUAGAGAAUAGAGAACUUGGAUUAAUUUUAUUGACAGUUAUUAACAUAUGCGUUGCAUUUUGCAAUGUCAUAGGGGAAGCAUUAUUAGUUGAAUAUUCAGGACAUUCGGAUGAUGAUACUCAUUAAAACGAUAAAGCAAGUUAGAAUGUGACUUUUUUCUUUGGAAUGAGAUCAACAGGGACCCUAGUUACUGCAUAUUCUUCUGGCAAACUAUUAUAAUUGUUUGACAAACGCUAUAUUUUUAAAAUAACUUCAAUUUUUCCUUUAAUCUUAGCUUGUAUAGCAAUAUUUGUCAAAGAAAAAAAAUAUUCAAAAGAUGAACCUGAAAAAGAUAAAAUAAAAACAGUCGAAUCACUCAAACUAUUUACAAAAUUUGUUUCUUAACCAGUUAUUUAUAGGUAAUAAUAAAAAUAAUCUAGACCAAUUUUGUUAAUUAUGGUAUUUAUGUCAUCACCAUCAAUUUCAACAGCUAUGUUUUACUUUUACACAAAUGUAUUAUAAUUUGGCCCAGAUUUUAUAGGAGAAUUACGACUUUCUUAUUCAAUUUGUUCUAUUCUUAGUGCUUACCUAUUUAAUAGAUUUUUAAGGCAUGUUAAAUUUACGAAAGUUUUUGGUUAUAGUACCUUCGUAUAUUGUUUAGUAUCAUGCUAAACAACUUUGCUAGUUACAAGAAAAAAUGUUAAAUUAGGUAUUCCAGAUAGGUUAUUUUGUUUUGGUGAUGGUGUUUUAAAUUAAGUUAUUGGAGAAUUAAACACAAUGCCUGUAUUAGUACUAGCCUGUAAAAUGUGUCCUAAAAAUAUUGAAGGGACUAUGUACGCCUUAUUGAUGUCAGCAAUAAAUUUUGGAGGAAUGGUAUCUUAAGAAUUAGGAGCAUUGCUCACUUACUAUGCUGGUGUAACAGAUGAUAAUUUUGAUAACUUAGCAAAACUAAUUGUCAUUUGCUCUUUUUGCACAAUGCUUCCACUUCCAUUUUUAGGAAUAAUUAAUGAAGAAUAAAUGGCUAAAGCUAGAGAAAAGCAUUAGUAUGAAUCUAUACCAAAAUAAGAUGAAGAAAUUAAUGUUGAAUAAGAAGUUGAAGAGAUAACUGAUACUAAAUGUGCAAACUUAUAAAAUGAACAAUUAUUAAUUUGA